ACUCGUGUCCAGUGCCGUCUAUGUUCAAGGGAUGUAACUGGUGCAGUACUUUCCUGUUUCUUUCGGUGUUGAAUCAACAACACAAAUUUCCCUUUGUUCCUGGUUAACUGUCGUCAUUCUUGCACAUAAACAGUAUAUGAGCACUGGUUGAGGUAAAAUCAUGGUGCAAUGAAAGACUCUUAUAAAUUGUAAACCCUGACGAGUGAAGGUGGACUUGCCAGGGGAAAACUUGCACAUAGAGAGUUUGGUGAAUUUAGGGAUUAGUGAUUGUGCUGCAACAUGAGUCGAAACCAGAAUCCUCAUGGACUAAAGCAGAUUGAACUUGAUCAGAUAUGGGAUGACCUCAAAUCUGGAAUCCGUAGUGUUUAUCGACGUCAGAGCAUGACAAGGCAACGCUACAUGGAAUUAUAUACCCAUGUGUACAAUUACUGCACCAGUGUACACGGUGGGCAAGGUCAGGGGGCUGGUGCUUCUGGCCAGACCUUUCCUAGAGGCAGUAACACACGCAACAGAGCACGACAAGCCACAGGUGGAGCACAGUUUGUGGGACAUGAACUGUACAAACGCAUCAAGGAGUUUCUAAAGCAGUAUCUUACAAACCUCCUGAAGGAUGGGCAGGACCUAUUAGACGAACAAGUGUUGCAGUUUUAUACAAGGCAAUGGGAAGAUUACCAGUUUUCUUCCAAAGUUUUAGAUGGUAUUUGUGCUUACCUUAAUCGUCAUUGGGUUCGUCGAGAGUGUGAUGAGGGAACCAAGGGCAUUUACUAUAUCUACUCUCUGGCCCUCAUCACAUGGAGGGAUUGCUUGUUUAAACCUCUCAACAAGCAAGUCACCAAUGCAGUUCUGAAACUUAUUGAAAAAGAGCGCAAUGGUGAAACAAUCAACACUCGCCUUGUUAGUGGUGUUAUUAACUGCUAUGUUGAGCUGGGCCUGAAUGAGGAUGACCCUAGUGCCAAAGGCCCCACACUGGGUGUGUACAAAGAUCAUUUUGAGAAUCCUUUCUUGGAAGACACAGAGCGCUUUUACACACGGGAGAGCAUGGAGUUUUUGAGGCAAAAUCCAGUCACCGAAUAUAUGAAGAAGGCUGAAAUGAGGCUGAAAGAAGAGCAAAAGCGAGUGCAGACUUACCUUCAUGAGAGCACACACGAUGUGCUGGCAAAGGUUUGCGAACGAGUCUUGAUAGAAAAGCACUUGGAAAUCUUUCACUUUGAGUUCAAGAACCUCCUGGACACAGACAAAGAUGAUGACCUUGGCCGUAUGUACAUGUUGGUCUCACGUAUCGUGGAUGGACUAGGAGAGCUAAAAACACUUUUAGAGGCACACAUAUAUACACAGGGCCAGACAGCUAUAGAACGAUGUGGCGAGGCAGCCCUCAAUGAUCCCAAAGUAUAUGUACAGACAAUUCUGGAUGUGCACAAGAAGUACAAUGCCUUAGUCAUCACUGCCUUUACCAAUGAUGCAGGGUUUGUGGCUGCUCUUGACAAGGCAUGUGGACGGUUUAUUAAUAACAAUUCUGUAACAAAGAUGGUCGGCAACACCAGCAAAUCACCAGAACUUCUUGCUCGGUACUGUGAUCUCCUUCUCAAAAAAAGCUCAAAGAAUCCUGAAGAAGCAGAAUUGGAGGAUACCUUGAACCAAGUGAUGAUUGUAUUUAAGUAUAUUGAGGACAAGGAUGUAUUUCAAAAGUUCUACAGUAAAAUGCUAGCCAAGCGCCUGGUUCAGCAUAUGUCUGCUAGUGAUGAUGCAGAAGCAAGCAUGAUAUCUAAGCUGAAGCAAGCCUGUGGUUUUGAGUACACAUCAAAAUUACAGCGAAUGUUCCAGGACAUUGGUGUCAGCAAAGAUCUCAAUGAACAGUUCAAGAAACACUUGCAUGAGUCUGCACAAGAGCCUCUUGACAUUGACUUCAGUAUUCAGGUUCUUAGUUCAGGGUCAUGGCCGUUCCAGCAGUCUUGCUCAUUCACGCUUCCGAUGGAGCUUGAGCGGAGUUUUCAACGUUUUACCACAUUCUACAGUGGACGACAUAGCGGACGGAAACUUAAUUGGUUGUAUCACAUGUCCAAAGGCGAGAUAGUCACCAAUUGCUUCAAAAACAGAUAUACAUUACAGGCUUCAACGUUCCAGAUGGCUGUGCUUCUGCUGUAUAACGCUCAAGAUUCUUUCACUGUUCAGCAGUUGGCUGAUAGUACACAGAUAAAACUGGACAUGCUUGUGCAAGUUCUUCAAAUCCUUCUGAAAUCCAAGCUAUUGGUUGGACCAGAGGAAGAGAGUGACUUGCAGCCAAAAACUCAUCUAGCACUUUUCUUUGGAUACAAAAACAAGAAACUGAGGGUGAACAUUAAUGUGCCAAUGAAGACAGAGGUGAAACAAGAGCAAGAAACCACCCAUAAGCAUAUAGAGGAAGACCGAAAACUUCUCAUACAGGCGGCUAUUGUGCGUAUUAUGAAGAUGCGCAAAACUUUGAAGCAUCAGCAACUGUUAGGAGAAGUGCUGAAUCAACUAUCUUCUCGAUUCAAACCACGCGUACCUGUCAUCAAGAAAUGUAUAGACAUCCUGAUAGAAAAAGAAUACUUAGAGCGAGUGGAUGGACAGAAGGACACAUACAGUUACCUUGCCUGAGAUGUCCGACCUGUCAUCAUCAGUGUACACCAUACAUAUCCCAUCUGUCACCAUUAUUCUUCUCUUCUUUGCUCCCUCUCUCUCUAUUUCUCAGUUUCUCUCUCUCCAUAUUCAUUUACUACAUUUAGUUCCUCCUCUAUCACUGCUAGCUUGACAGACAUCAUUCCCACAUGAGCAUUACUACUGAGCAGUUGAUCUGACGUGUGAUAAAAUGGUCAACCUCUGCUGACAACCACAUUUUCUCCAUCAUUUUCUGUUCACAUUGCCUCAACAAGAGUUGUCUGAUUGAGCUAUGAAGUGCCAAGGACUGCUUUGAAAUGAUGAGAUAAAUUGUGCUUACCUCUAACAGUUGAUAGCAACUUUGAAGGGCAGAAGUAAUAGCAAAGUUUAUAGAAAUAAAUAUGUACAUUUUUUGGUUUGUUUACAAAUAUAUUUAUGCUAUGCUUAGUGGCUAUUGAGAAGGAAAUGUGCUUAUCAGAAUUAUCUGUUAUACUGGAAAUAAACAGGUAACUGGUUGUAAUGAAGUAUGAUUUUGUUCCAGAAGUUUACAGAUUUCUAACAAGUUUGUUUUUAAUAUGUUAUUACAUUUUUUUUACAUAUAGUGUUACUUUACAGCAAAAUUUCAGCAUACAUUUUAAAGGCUCUCUUGUAAUUAUUGUGAGAAAAAGUCCUAAUUGGAAAGCAUAGGUAAUUGUCAAGUGCAUGAAUGCAGAAAUAGAAAGUUAGAUGGAAAAGCAUCAGAUGAAUUCUGUUACAAUCAUAUGAUAAUUAGCAUUAUUAGGUUUUACUUUUUGUGAAGCUUGUUUUCUGAUAAAGUAACAAAUCUCUUAUUUUAUAUCCAUAGUUUCAUAUUACAAUCCAGCAGCUUCAAAAAAUAGAACUAAUGGGAAAGAACUUGCUGUUUGUCCACAUUAACUCUGCAAUUUCAAGUUUCUCACUUACCACAGGGUAGACGUGAUUUUUCAACUAUAUGCUUAAGAGUUUAUUUAGCACAAAUCAGCCAUCGAACCUAGCUGUUGAAAACAAGCAGCUGAAACUUGCAUCUGCAUCUUAACCCUAUGUAUAAAUUUGUAUCUCGUGUAAAAUGGUGCAGGAAACUACAGUGGUUUGGGACUGAAAAAAUAAUUUCAUGCUUUUGAACAUAUACUUGGUUGCUUAUUCACUAUCUUAAAUGGAAUUGAUAGCAGAUCAUGAGAAUCCAAUCUAGUCUCUUCAAAUACUUUGCAUGUUCUUGUGCAUUAAUCCCAUCAAGCCAAAACUUCAAAGUGACAUUGACAAGUUUAGCAGUAAGGUUUUUGUUGUUGUUUUUUUUUUUUCUUCUUUUGUCUUCUCUACCGCUUAGUUACACAGUCUUUACCUCCAGCCAAAGACUCACAUUUUAGCCGCUUUUUUUAAAUUCUGGAUUUAAUGCAAGAAGACAUUGUUUAGAGAGAAAUCACUGAUCAAGUCUCGGUUUUUUGGGGUUUUUUUUUUUUUAAUGAAAACUCAAGUUUUCUUCCACCCAGCUAAUAGAUUCUCCUUUCUAAUAAAUGAAACAGUUAAACACAAGAUAUGAAUUACUAGUUUUCAAAACAAAGAUGUUAUCAAAAACAGGCAGGAAAAGGGAAGCAGAACAACAAAAGGCAGUUUUUGUAGAAAAUUUAAAAUCGAAAAGUUCAAUUUCUUUUUUUUUUUUUUAACCUUUUGGAAAAGUUUGUUCACUUGAGCUACAGCUGUGGCAUGAACUAAACUUUAACAUCAGAUAUCUUUAUUGUUUUAUAAGGUUGUGCAGAUGUGUACUAUAGGCAUGGGUGGUUUUUCCAUAAAGCUGUCAUUAAGAUCAGACUGCAAAGGUGAACAUACUCUGUAAACUUACCAGGCAUCCUGUACUUAGGUGAUUGCGAACCUUAUUCCCCAUGUACAUUUGAAACAAGUGGAUCAAAAGGCAAAAUUUGUACACUGAAAGCUGGACGCUAAACUUAAUAUAUUUUAUUUUAAUCUUGAAAAGAAAUUAUAAUUCAUUUAUGCUGUGACUAUUAUUUUGCCAAACACAACACUCCAACUUCUGACGGGUGCAUACCAUCUGUGAAUGUGCACACUCAUAUUUUCUCAGUUCCCUGCCAUUAGUGCCUGAAUUUUGCCUGAUGUUUUUGUGAUAAUGUUUUAUGAGUUCUUCCCAGACUGGAAAAGGUGCCCUGGAGAAGUUUUAAAUCACCAACAUUACCUCUUGUGCAGUAGUAAACUGUCUGCAUUGAUCACUUCAUUUGAUUCACUACUUUGCUAGAUAAUAAAUUAUCUCAGUGACCACUAAUUAUUUAUGUAUGUAACCACCAUUUUAUUUGUAACAUAUUAAAACUUUACCAGUUGUAGGAUUAUUAAGUCAUUUUGACAGUGGUAGACUAUGUCCAGUGCAAAUGGCACAAAAAAGCACAGAAGUGUGAACUUUAGAAUCAUUCAUGUUGGUUUAUGGAGAGAACAAAUGCAGAGGAGGCUGAAGAAAUGCAGACAAUUGCUGCUGAUCAUAAGAGGUUCUGUAAAUGAGAUAUUAAAGGCCAUGAGGUUUUCUGCAACCAGUGGUGUAUCUUUUUAUUUAAUUUUAUUUUCUUUCUCAUGCUCGUAGAUAUAAUUAUAUAAUCUAUAGUCAAACCCAGUAAUGCUGACUGCUAAACCAGCAAGUUUGCAGCUUGGGUAAACAUCAGCCAUCCUACUUUAAAAUAAUAGUGGGAUGGUAUAACUAACAACUUUUAACUUAAUUAAAAACCUAAAUUUUAUAAAAUGCCCAACUCUAAGGAGUGAUAAAAUAAAAGUUUGGGGGAGUUGCAGAUUGGCAUUCUUGGGUGAAAUCAGUUCAGCGUGUUUUUGUUGCAUGUCUUUUAUCCAUAUUUUAUUUUUGACUUUCUCUAAAUAUCGCCAAUGUAAGCAGAAUUUACGAUUGAAAUUGACAGAUGAGAACAUUUUCCCUCCAAGAUGGAACAACACAGAGUUGAAAGUUUUACAGUCAUGUAGUACAAAUCCCUACCUGCCUACACAGUGCUUUUGAUGUCUUGGCGCUUCAGACCCUAUUACUGUAUAUAGCACUUUCUUCUGCUUUUCUUUUUCAGAAUAUCAUGACUUUAAGGUGUUAAGUUCUAAGUGUCGUAGAUCCAUUUAUUAAUCUGCUCUUAUGUUUUCAGCAUCUACAUUUUCUUUAACUAAACAUGUCAUACAGUCUAAUAAAAAAAAACCAAUAAAAUAAAAACAAUUUGAAAAAAAAAAAACCUUUAAAAUCGGUGUGCAUUGAUACAAUUGGAUUCGUUUAGGUGGCCAUAUUUGUUUUCUUCCUUUGUUGGAAAGGGUAAGCAUUUGAGAUUGUUUUUAUCUUAAUGUCUGACCCCAUCCCUUUAUUAAGAUUGUUGUUAGGAAUUCAAAUGAUUGCUUGUAAAUAAAAUAACAAUUGGAAGAAGGGUGUAUCUUAGUACAUGACCUAUGACUGACUAUAAAUGAUCCAGACCGAAUUUGGGUCAUGCUAAUCUGCUUGCAUGGAUGCACCAAUAUGUACAUUCAGUUAACCUUGUGUAGCUGUUUUAAAGCUUGUGAGAGCGAUAUACGAAUGUGUGCAUGUAGGUGAGGCAAUAUUUUUCCUGGUAUGCAUCAGCAUGAGUGAUCAGUACAAAAUUCUUUACGAGAAUGAAGAUUUUCCUAAAACAAACAAACAAAAAAGCCUUCUAAAGAACUGUUUUCAAAGCUUGGUUCACAGGAUGUAUAUAGUUGAUAUUUUGUACUGUUGCAAGAUCUGUAUGUCUGAUGUGACAUUGCUGUUUUAUUUUUUGUUUUUUUCGCAACAAAGGGCAUGCUGCAGCUACCUAGUGAUCCAGUGUUAAGACUGUCUGAUAAUAAAAAGGUUCAGUGAUGAAA